GGAAACUAAGAAAUUCAUUUAGCGACGUUUUAGGAUCUUAAAUAUUGUUCUUUUAAUAAAUUGCAUAUCUGUUUAAUUGAUAUUAGAUAAGGUGAUAAAAUAAAUAUUAUCGGUAAUUGUGUACGAUUGAAAAUAAAUAUUUAACUAAUUUUAUUAAGUGCAUAUAUGUAUCGGUGUGAUAUAGAAAAGUGCAAAGGGAAUAUAACCUUAAUUUGCAAUUAGAUGAAAUUUGAGAAAGAUGCAAAUUGAUAUUUUUCAUUAUACAUGAAUGUAAUCUAUGGGAAUAAUAAAUGUUGGAACAACUCCUUUUGAAAAAUAUCUGGAUAUACAAUGAAUUUAAUAAAUCGUUGUGGUAUACCCAAUCGAUAAAAAUGUAUCAAAAUUUAGAAUUUCGUGUUUAGUUAGGAAAUCUAUAAUCAUGGCAGGAUACACGGGAUUAGUUCGAAUCAUUCGCCGACGUUUAGUUCUGGGACUGAUAUUUACAUUGUCCUUAACUUAUUGUGCUUUUUCUUUAUUCCGCAAUGAAAGAAGAACAAUGGCAUUGGAUAGCGAUCUCGAGGAUAUGAUAAUAAAUGAUAAUAACGACGAUAUGAUUUCUGAGGAUGAUCUUUCAUUUCAACGAGUUAAAGUAUCUGGUAAACCCCAAUCUUGGGACAUGGAUGUUCCGAACGAAGCACCGAACGAGGGUCAGAACGAGAUUCAAAAUGAGGGUGGUCAUGAAAAUGCACUAGGAAUAGAUUCACUUGCUAAUUUCAACGAUAGCGAUUCGUCGAACGAACCUUGCCGCAAUUCUAUACAGGGCAAAGUAUUGAUAGUAGACGAGCAAGGGGUGGUAUGCGCGAGGCAUGAACUUUUACCUAAUGGAUGCUGUAGCACAGAACAGAAGCAGGGAUUUAAGAAGGAAGAAGGUGGUGUGAUUACAAGUCGUAAAGAAAGAUACAGUUGUAAGACGUGUAAUGCUCAAGGAUGUUGUGCUAUUUAUGAAUAUUGCGUUUCUUGCUGUUUGAAUCCUUCCAAGCAGAUAAAGGGAAAGAAGAGUACGAUAGAAAGUGGUAAAAAUAAUCCUAAAAUAAGGGAAGAAGAAACGGUAAAGUUACUUCUACGUAAUAUGGAUCGAUUUCAAAUUUGUCUUGCCGCUUGUCGUACAUCCAGUGCUAGCGUACGUCACGAAAAUACCUAUAAAGAUCCUCAUUCGAAACAUUGUUAUACCGUUCAACCACCAUAUAAUUAUCAACGACAUCGUCGUGAUAUCAAAUCAGUGAAUAAUAAUCGCGACAACGAUGCCGUUGUCGUUACAUCUUCUUCUGUCGUGCAAUUAAUUAUCCCUGAUAAGAUUUAAUUUCCUUUCCUAUCGUUAGCUUUUAAGUGAUAAAUUAUUCUUUAAAAUGAAAAGAUAUAUAUAAAAAAGAACAAAAUUAGUAGAAACCAAACCAAAUUAAUAGCAUGCAAUCUAGUGUAGGCUAAAUAAUACUAUAAUAG